AAAGGGCAAUAGACACUUUGGAGGUGGAAGUGGUGUGAAAGAGGAGGGACCUGAGACUUCAGUUUGCGUUUCACUGUGCGAACUGAAGGGCGCUCACGCACAGCUCUCCUGGACUGACCGCUGAGCCACGGAACUAGUUUGCGCUGACAUCGCCUUCACACGUUAAACUCCCGCAACUGUGCCCAUCGCCGACAGCGGACGUUCAGUAAACUCCGGUGAAGCCUAGAAGUUGUCCCUUUCUUCCUAAAGCGCCACUCUUCCAUGCUAGGAUGUGAAUUUCCACGGGAGGAUCCAGAGUCGUGCCAUGGUGUUGACCCGCGCGCUCCUCACAGACAUGGGCCGCUCUGCGUCUACGGGUACAUGAAUCUGAGUUCCACCGGCCAGAUGCCUGAGAUGGAAGAAGUAGAUACCAAUGAGAGCAACUGGUUGGCGAAGAGGAUUGCUCUCAUCAGUUUCCUGUCACUGGUCAUGCUCAUGAGCGUCCUGGGAAACCUGCUGGUUAUGGUGGCCGUCUGCAAAGACCGGCAGCUCAGGAAAAUCAAAACCAACUACUUCAUCGUCUCGCUGGCGUUUGCUGACCUGUUGGUGUCAGUGCUGGUAAUGCCGUUUGGUGCCAUAGAACUGAUCCAUCAGAACUGGAUCUACGGAGAGACCUUCUGCCUGGUCCGCACCUCUCUGGACGUGCUGCUGACCACCGCCUCCAUCCUACACCUGUGCUGCAUCUCUCUCGACAGGUACUAUGCCAUCUGUUGCCAGCCGCUGGUCUACAGGAAUAAGAUGACACCACUAAGAGUGGCUCUAAUGAUCGGAGGAUGCUGGAUAAUCCCGAGCGUUAUUUCCUUCCUACCCAUAAUGCAAGGCUGGAACAGUAUUGGAAUAAAUGAUUUGAUAGAGAAGCGGAAGUUCUCUGGCAACUCCACGGUGUGUGUGUUUAUGGUGAACAAGCCAUAUGCGCUGACCUGCUCAGUCGUGGCCUUCUACUUACCGCUGAUCCUGAUGGUGCUGGCGUACCAGCGCAUCUAUGUCACGGCGCGAGCACACGCUCGACAGAUCAACAUGCUGCAGCGGGCCGGAGGAGCGGGAAACGCGAACAGUGCGGACCACCAACGAAACCACCGCAUGCGCACCGAGACCAAGGCAGCCAAGACUCUGUGCAUCAUCAUGGGCUGCUUCUGCCUGUGCUGGGCCCCUUUCUUCAUCACGAACGUGGUGGACCCCUUCAUAGACUACAGUGUUCCUGAGCAGCUGUGGGUGGCCUGCCUCUGGCUGGGCUACAUCAACUCCAUGCUCAACCCCAUCCUUUACGCCUUCCUCAACAAGUCCUUUCGCCGUGCCUUCCUCAUCAUCCUCUGCUGCGGACACAAGCGCUACCGCCGACCUUCCAUCCUGGGCCCUGGAGCGACCUGCACAGCCACGCAGAUCAACGGCUCGACACACGUCCUGAAAAAACCUCAAUCGCUUAGGAGUCAUUCUUGUCUACUUCUGCUCCGGCGGUGAAACAAUGGCAGACUGAUGACAGUCACUCAGAGAGGAGCUAAGGUAUUCAGUUCUUCACAAUGGAAAGCAUACUGAACAGGAGAAACUGUCAAUACAGAACGACACAGAGUCCCAGGAGUCAUGUUUCUGACACAGGCCAGCCUCUAAUGAGGAACAUCACUGGAAGGUGCCAUUUCUCACCGCCCUGCCUGCAGCUCAGACCUGACCAGAGCCUUCAACGAAUCGAGAACGGGGAGCUGGACUCAACUAUAUGCUCAAAGAGCUGCUGAACAAUGAGGGAAAGAACAAUGUUGCCAAAGGUAUCUGGUCUGUAUUUUAGGAUACAAAUUUCCAUUGCAAAGGAAUGUUGGUAAGGGUUUUCCCAAUGUGUUUGUUUCCUUUUGGUUCUCCUGGAAUACUAUUUCCAAACCAAAAACACAUCAUUCAAGCUUUAUCCAGAGAGGCUUUUAUUAGCUCUAGAGUCCGAAUAACACUUCCUGAAAGCUACGGCACAAGUGCUGAACAGCUAAGAUGACACUUAAAAGAAAGAUUUAUUUUUAUUCUAUAAAGGAAAAAAUACCACAGUAUUAAGAGUUGGGUGCAUUGCUGAGCGAUUUCUCCAAUUUCUAUUUUUUAACUGUUCCAUUAAUGAAUUUGAAUAAUGAAUCUAGUAUAGGAUUGUCACAUGAAUUUAAAUGUUAAAAACAA